AUGGCGCCCCUCCCUAUCUUCACUGUCACACACCCACGUGCAUGCUCUACGGCUUUUGAGCGAGUCUUCAUGGCCCGCCGCGAUAUCCUAGAGAGCGUUCACGAGCCUUUUGGCGAUGCCUUCUACUACGGUCCCGAGAGACUCAGUGAGCGCUUCAGCAAUGAUGCUGCCACUCGCGAGUCGAGUGGUUUCUCUUCAAAGACCUAUAAAGAUGUCCUCAACGAGGUCAUGGAUGCGGGCAAAGAUGACAAGCGAAUCUUCAUCAAGGAUAUGGCCUACUACCUCAUGGCCCCUGAUGACAAGCCAACCAAGGUUGCGCCGUCACUGAGUGAGGAAGAGCCUGGCAACCCAACCGUGCUGCCACUAGAGGUCCUGAAGCAAUUCCAAUUCACUUUCCUCAUCCGCCACCCUCGCCGAGCUAUCCCUUCAUACUACCGUUGCACGGUACCACCUCUGGAUGAAGUCACGGGUUUCUAUGACUUCAUGCCUAACGAGGCUGGUUACAAGGAGCUUGUGCGCUUCUUUGAUUAUCUGAUCAAGGAGAACAUUGUCGACAAAGACAACCUCGUUGUCAUUGACGCCGACGACCUUCUCGAUAACCCCGAGAAAACCAUCCGCCUUUACUGCGAGAAGACGGGCAUUGACUUCAAGCCCGAGAUGCUCGAGUGGAACGAGGAGGACUGCGACUACGCCACUGCUGCCUUCCAGAAGUGGAAUGGCUGGCACAACGAUGCCAUCAAGAGCUCAGCUCUGAGGCCCCGCACUCAUCACCAGACCUUGACCACCGAGUCAGAAGAUAAGGACUGGACCGCCAAGUAUGGCGCUGAGGCGCAAAAGGUGAUUCGAAAGACCGUUGAGGAUAACGUCACCGAUUACGAGUACCUGAAGCAGUUUGCGCUGCCCAUCUAA